AUGUCUCAAGCACGGAUAACCACCGCCUUUGGAGCACGGCCAUCGCACGAUUUGCAUACAAACUCCAUAUCGCUGAAACAACGUUCCAAAUCCGCAAAUCCACCGCAAUUACGGCCAUUUAGCGGUAUACAGGGCUCGCGACCCCGUUAUGUGCCGCCAUUUUCCAUACAAUCGCAGCAGAAAAACACGGUCGUCAUUAACGGGCCCAUUCAUGAGCCCCCAGUUACGGCAAGCGCGCGCGGCAGAGCGCCGAAUCCCAAAUGUUUGAAGAAACAGCAGAAGUCCAUUUCAUCAAAUAAUCUGGGCGCUAGUCUUCACUCCUGCACGGCGGUUAAGAAUCCGGGGCGUGGCACUUUGUUUCGCAUGUAUUUCGAUCGCGGAGACUUACCCAUUAAAAUGGAAUAUCUAUGCGGUGGCGAUAAGAUUGGCUGGACGGUGGACAUUGACAAGCUGGACUACAGCCUCUAUUUGCCGCUGUUCUUUGACGGCCUGGCAGAGCCAAAGCAUCCCUACAAGACCUAUGCACGCCAGGGUGUUAGCGACCUGCUGCUCGCCGGCGGCGACAAAAUCCAUCCCGUGGUACCGCAAUUAAUUCUGCCCUUAAAGAACGCAUUGAGCACCAGAAAUGUGGAGGUGAUGUGCACGACAUUGAAAAUUAUACAACAGCUGGUCAUGGCCUCGGAUAUGGUGGGACCCGCUCUGGUGCCCUUCUACAGGCAACUGUUGCCCAUGUUCAAUGCGUUCAAAGUGAAGAACUUAAACUGCGGCGAUGAAAUUGACUAUGCGCAAAAGAACAAUUUGAAUCUGGGCGAUUUGAUUGAUGAGACGUUGCAGGUCCUGGAGCUGCAUGGCGGCGAGGAUGCCUUCAUCAAUAUCAAGUACAUGGUGCCGACCUACGAGUCCUGCUAUUUGAAUUGAAGCUGUAGCUGUGGAUCAAGCGAAAACCUGGCAGCUGCUUCAAUUAGCCAUGGCUUAUAUAUUUAUGGCCAGUUUCAAAGAAAGCGCUUACAUAUUUUAUGCUUCAUAUAUAUGUAUAUAUAUAUAUAUAUAU